AUGCUACGUCAAUGCGUGCGGCGCUGCAUUGGCGGACUGGACCUCCGAGCAUGCACUGUCGCAUUGGUUACAUUCGUUGUCGUAUUUACGAGUUGCAUGUGCUUUCAGCUUGCAUUCGUGGACGCAUUGAACCCGGAAGUGCGCAUCGAAGAUCAUUCCCAUGUGUACCCAACCGUUCAAGGCGAGGGCGACGGGUGGGGCACACGUACAAGCAUCGUUGCGUAUGACGCUGGCUUAUAUUUUGGGCCGCCCAACUCGGUCCUGGCAGCGCAAAGAUCAUUGCAGAACGGUGCGACCAGUCUGGGAGUCGAUUUAAGCAUCACGCUGGAUGACGAGCUUGUCGGUGCUCACAGCUCGUCGGAAUGGAUUGCACACAGUGCCUUCUCAAAGCGGGCGCAGGAUUUGCAUACGAUAACGUUCGAACAGGCAGAGUUAUCACCAACUUGCGAAACAUUCAAACAGUUUUACUUAUCCAUCGGAGUGUCAGCUGCGGAGUUGACUGGUCUCCAGGCUUGCGAGCGUCAGAGGAUGAGUACAGCUGACGAGUUCUUACAAGCAUUUCCAGGCAUCCCGAUUAUAUUUGAUUUGAAAGCACCGUCUUGGCAAAUGCAGCAACGCCAAGUCCAUAUUUUGUAUGAGCUCCUGUGCAGAAAGUUUCCAGAUCGGCAUGCAGAUGCUACACUUACUUCCCUUCGUCUAUUCGCAUUCCCAAACCAAUCCAAUCCCACGUAUUAUUUUGAAAACGUGCUUGGGUCUACAACACUUCCCUUCACGUUCAGUAUCGGGGUCCCCGCGCAGCGGGAAAGCACAUGGAGCAAUAUUGAUACGCUGAGACGCAGCCUGACAAGCAGUACAGGUUCCCGGAACGGAGUGCCCCGUAUAUUUCUGACGCCAUCAGAAAUGAAAGCUGCUUCGCGCCUGUUCCGGGUCACGGGGCGCAUUAUAAUCAUUUGCGACUUGGCCGCGCAUGAGCUCGACCAGGAGAUCAAUGCAGCACAUGCAGCGGAUUACCGAGACUUGCACUCGUGGACAUCGGAGCUGCAAGUUUGCGUGGAAAACGGCGCUGCCGCUAUCCACACUUCGAGGUUUGCUCCCGUCUUGGCAGCUCUGCGCACGUGGUCUAACUUCACCAGGCGCCCGCCGCGUAGCAAGAAGGAGCAGGAGCAGGCUGGAGACGGGGCCGCCACGCGCAGCCCGGCCAGCAGCGAACCGGAGCGGCUGCGAGUGGGCCGACCGGGCGAGGGCCCCGACGCGAGCCUGGUGCUGCUCGGCCGUGCCGAGGCGCCGGGCCGCGCGCAGAGGUUCGCGGUGGGCCCCGCCGCCUCGGGCGCGAGCACGGCCCAUCAGAGCACGUGGAUGCGCUGCGCCGGGAAGCUAGCCACGGUCCUCCUGGUGGUGAGGCUCGUGGAGAUCGGCAUGCUCCCGGGGCUGGACGAGCCGAUUGUGGAGUUCCUCCGUCUGAGCGAGACGUGGCUGGCAGAACGGAGGAACCACUCGGUCCUGCAGCGGCUGACCCUGCGGCACGUCAUGGCAGGCGUCGGUGGCCUACCAAGUUAUCAGUUCACGCCGUUGUGGGUGACAAAGAAGGUCAUGCCAGCGUCCGAGAUAUGUGAGCGGGCUCUGGGUUGGGUAGAUCGUGACUUCGUCCCGGGAUCCAGAUGGGUGUACUCCAACAUGCAGUGGGCAAUCGUUGAGCGCGCGGUCGAAGUUGCGGCAGGCGGCAGUUUUCCCGAUGCAGCUCGCAGGUAUUUGUUUGAUCCACUUGGCGUCUCGACACGCACGUAUCAUGCGUCGGAGACCAUGCCCAGUUGCUCCCAUCCGAGUGCAAGCCCAGUUUAUGAGCGCAACUUGCGGGCAGCGAUCGGUCUCUGUUCAACGGUUGAGGAUAUGGGGCGGCGGAUUCUCGGCGAUGCCGUACGUACCGCUGCAUUCGAGGAUGACGACGGUCCACCAUCGCGUGGGUCUGCUUUUUUGUCGGUUCAAGGGGUCCAAGAAGUAGUGCUGGAUCAAUUGCACCACAGAUUUCCUGCAGCGCUUCCGAUGUUCUUGAACACUGCUCCCGCAACAGACUUCUGUGUGAGAGGAAUGCAGUGGACUGGCCGAGGAUUUGCCGGCUAUUAUUGGGCAAAUGAUUGGCUUGUUGUAUAUGGAGGGGCGCCAGCAUUCUGGGGUCAGAGAAUCCUUCUGCGCGUCGAGAACGGAGUUGGAACAGGGCGAGUUCUGGCACAAUGGGUUUCUGCGCCGACGGUUCCCAAAAGCACGCAGGCCUUUGUAGAGCGCCUGUUUCACACAUUUACUGCGGCACCUGAGAAGUUCAGCUCCCUGAUGCUGGGUUGCCAACCCGGCGCGCACGUCAAUCAAUCGAGCACAAUUUUGAGAGAUUCACCAUUUGUGACGACCGCGGAAGGAAGAACAACAAAAAAACGUGACCAUCUUUGA